AUGCUUGUGGGUCGUCGUAUUGUGAGUUCAUUGAUCUUUGUACUGCCCUGCGUUUGUGCCUUCAGCGUCCUUUCGCAGAGCAAUGCGCCAACAUUGUUGAAGAGGUUGGACAGCGCUAAAGGCAGUCCCAGAGCUAUAGAGGUUCUGAGGUUGUUGGUGAAGCUUAAACACCCCGAUUCUGUGGGAUUGGGUGCGUAUGCAGCGUCCGAUGUCGUCGAUACCAUUGAGCAGAUCAUUGUGCUAUCAACACCGGGGAACAUAUCCGCUAGGUUCUUGAAUCAGGUGCGAAUCAAGAGCAACGAUGUUCUGCAGUUGAGCAGCAUCUUGAACUCGGAACUGAAUAGUCUGUCGUGGCAUUCCCGGUUACUUUUCGGCUCUCCUGUGUCAAAGAUUGUGGCCAAUUAUUUGGACUACGAGCUUCGCUCCGUACAUUUCCUCAAGGCACAGCUGGUUCGAGGCAGACAAGCAGACUUACAGCGAGAAAUUCGGCUUUGCCUUUCACGAUGUACAGCUGCUUUGAUAGCUUCUCGGUCGACUGUUUCGCUGAUGCAGGCAGCAGAUAUCUCACAGUUACAAGCUACCGUCCAGCAAACUUUCGGUAAAGCCGAAAGCCACGUUUCCCAGGACGUCGGAAGAAGUCUAGCAGUGUCAAUCACAAUGCAGAAGAAUACGACCCUUGCAGAGGACCAAAUAAAGUACUUGAGGGAAAACUUGGCGGUGAUCAUAAAGUCCGGUAUCUUCAUGGUCUUUUGUUUCACUUUCAAGUUCUACAUCUGUACCUUCGUGUUUGGAGUUCUAUUAACAAUGAGCACUGCCAUUUGGAUCGCCAUCUUUCUACAGUUGAUGGACGUUUCAUCGAACCAGCAUUAA